AUGGCUUGGUUGGUAGUUUUGCUCCUCUGCCUGGGAAGGGUUGAAGCCCAAUUCCCUGAUAUCUCCGAUCGAGGAGAACACGAUACAGAAAGAGGUUUGCUCAGCCUUAUUUUUAAGCUCAGGCAUGAAGAGGUCUUCGAUACCCUGCUUGUGUACGGGGAGGAUUGUGUAUUUCACUCCCUAAUUAGGAGCUUGGACUUACCCACGGUGCUGGUGUCUUCGGGCAGCACCAAUUUUGACUGGGAUUUCACCACUCUUACUCUGAUUCUUAGUUGCGGUCCUGAAGCGGAGGAGGAGUCGACCUACCGGACCCUCAUAAAGCUGCAAAGAAACAGGCGUUUGAUCUACUUACAAGAAGACAUUCAACCAAGUUCUGUGUGUGAAAGAUAUUCGCAAAGGGAGCAGUUCAACAUUGCCAUGGUAAGAAAAGACUUUGGCAAGUCAGGAAUCGUUUACGCCUGCCGCGUCUUUCAAGACAGAAACUUUGAAGAAGUGAGCCUAACUGAGCAGAAGCCAAUUUAUGUUGAAAACUUUCGAAAUAUGCGCGGGACAGCCAUCAGAGUAGUAGCUGAUCUCAGGCCACAUCGAUCGAUGGUGUAUCGGAAUGCGAACAGAAGUGACAUGAAGGUAAAGGGCUAUGUGGCGAAUCUGGUUAAUAACUUUGCGGACAAGGUGAACGCCACCUUGCACUUUGACCUCUUACCCGAUGAGCUCACCCUUAAGGAGAUUGCGAGAAGAGCUCAGAACGAUGAGCUCGACAUUGGCAUUUCUGUGGAAUUCUCUUUGAUGACAAAGAACACCGACACAACCAGCUACCCGUACCUCUUCACCUCGUACUGCCUGAUGGCUCCGGUUCCGGCCAAGCUGCCCUACAACCAGGUCUAUGCGAUGAUAGUGGACCGCCUCGUCCUGGCCAUUAUCUUCGUGAUCUUCUGUCUGCUCUCCGUGCUGCUGAUUUACAGCAAGAACAUGUCCUGGCGGGACUUAAAACUCUCCAACGUGCUCUUGAAUGACAUUAGCCUCCGCGGACUUCUGGGCCAGUCCCAUCCGUUUCCCUCGAACGCAAACAAGCAGCUGAGGAUGAUCUUCUGCAUCCUGUGCUUCGCCAGCAUCAUGCUGACCACCAUGUACGACGCCUACCUGCAGUCCUUCUUCACGGAUCCCCCGUCUGGGUUUCACUUUCGCUCUUUCGAGGACUUUGCCAAGGUUCCACAAAAGCUUGCCAUUAACGCACUCGAGGCCAAGGUAAUGAUAAACACAGGCAACGAACUGUUCCUCGGAAUUAACAAGGAUUACCUGGCCAUCUUCGACAACUGGCAAGAAGCAGUUGCUCUGCGAAACGCCUUCAACACCAGCUACUAUUACGUGGUAACCGGAGAACGCUGGAGGGCCUACGCAGAGCAGCAGUCGCUCUUCAAGGAGCCACUCUUCUACUUCGCAAAGGACCUCUGCUUCUCGCAAAUGCUCUUCAUGUCCAUUCCGCUGCGAAGACACCUUCCCUAUCGCCACCUCUUUGAGGAGCACAUGCAGCGGCAGCACGAGUUCGGACUGGUUAACUACUGGAGGGGCCACAGCUUCUUCGACAUGGUGAGACUCGGACUGGCUCCCCUAAAGGAUCCCAGUCAGCCCAGGGAGCGCAACCCAAGUAUAGUGCUGGACGACGUCUCGUGGGUAAUGAAUCUCUAUCUGCUUGCUUCUCUGGUUAGCAUCUGCUGCUUUCUCUUGGAAGUGGGAGGAGAAAGGUGGAGGCGGUGGCGGAGGUCGAGGGGUUAA